AUGACUACCCGCGAAAUUGAAGGUGGAGAGACUGCUCCUGACUAUCCGUUCGGAAAACCAGAAAUUUUGAACAACAUCGUCGAUUCCAGAGCUGAGCGGACACCUCGAACCUUGUACGCAGAAUUUCCUGUUUCGACCACUGGUUAUGAGGAAGGGUACAGAAAGAUCACCUAUGAAGACUUGGCCAAUGCCGUUAACGGCGCCGCAUGGUGGUUGGAGAAGACACUUGCUCGAUCAAAAAAAUUUGACACCUUGGCCUACAUAGGUCCGAAUGAUCUGAGGUACAAUGUUCUAAUAUUAGGAGCUGUCAAGGCCGGACACAAGGUCAUGGUGGACGCACUCAAACACACAACGACGGACGUUGCUGUUGUUCCUCCAACUAUUAUAGCAGAAAUUGGCAAAGACAGUGUCAUGUUGGACUUCGUCGCCGAAAGACUAGAAACCCUACUCUACGCUGGCGGAGAUGUACCUCAAGCUUUUGGUCAUCCUGUUGCAUGCAGGAUGCAGCUAGUGAAUAUAUACGGGGCUUCAGAGAUGGGAGCUCAUCCCUCGAUUCGACCAGAGGGUGCGUGGCCACGCGAAGACUGGAAACACGUGGUUAUCCAUCCAGAUACUGGAGUCGAGUUCGAGCACCAUUCGGAUGAUCUACACGAACUGUGCAUAGUCAGAAAUCCAAAGUUCGAAUCCUGGCAACCUGUUUUCAAAUUGUACCCUGACCUCCAGAGAUUCCCUAGCGGAGAUCUCUUCUCACCUCAUCCAUCCAAGCCCGGGCUUUGGAAACAUCAAGGCAGGUCCGACGACAUUAUAAUCUUCCUAACAGGGGAGAAGACCAAUCCCACCUCUAUGGAAGAGCGCAUUAACAGCCAUCUUGAAGUUCGCGCAGCGUUAGUCGCUGGUGCUCAAAGGUUUCAAGCUGCCCUCCUCAUCGAACUCGCGGCUGAGAAGGCUCUUUCAGCUGCCGAACGUGCGGAGACCCUUGAGCGCAUAUGGCCAACGAUCCAAGAAGCAAACAAAGAUUGUCGUACUCAUGCUAUGAUAGACAAAUCACACAUUCUUUUCGUGAAUCCCAACAAGCCUAUGUUGAGAGCAGGGAAAGGCACUGUGCAACGAAGGCCAACUCUAAGCCUAUACGCAGAAGAGCUACAAGCUUUAUGUGCUGACGCGGAGAAAGUCACUGUUCCCCAUUCAACAGAUGCCAAACAGGUUAUCGAUGUACACGACCCUGAAAAUACCUCUUCCUUCAUACGCGAGACGAUCACUAAACGCACCGGUUGGACUCAAUUCGGAGAUGGAGACAAUUUUUUCCUGCUAGGCAUGGACUCCCUGCAAGCACUCCUCACCACACGUGAUCUGAAACAAGUUUUGGCCGAUUCGGAGAUUGCUGUCAGCACAGUGUACACUAACCCUACAGUAUCUUCGCUCGCCAGUGCAAUAUCAGAGCUCUCGGCCAUGAGUCGGCAAUCACAGGCACGUCAGCAAGUGAUUGAUGCGACCUUUCAGGAGCACAAAAAUUCGAUCGACAACCUCGUGAACGACUUGCAGACAAAACCAACUAAGUCAAGUGCCGCUCGGAUUGCGGGAAACAAGAACCAUACCGUGAUUUUGACUGGGUCAACAGGUGCAGUGGGUUCAUAUCUGCUCCAGGUGCUCUCCAAUUUCCCAUCUGUAUCGCAUGUCUACUGUCUAGAUAGAGCGUUGGAUUCUUCAUCUACUCGAUCACAGCGAAACAGGAUCCGCAGGACCACGAGUGAUUAUCCCUCAAAUCGAGUGACCUUCUUGACUGCAGACAUGUCGCAACAGAAUUUCGGCCUCGAGCGUAAGACGUACGAGGCUUUGUUGACUCAAGCCACUGCGGUCAUCCACAGUGCGUGGCCCAUCAAAUUCAACCUCCCAUUAACAAAUAAGAUCAACACAGUGCCAUUCCAAGCUUGGCUCCAGAAAGUUCGCACAGAUGCUGAAGCGGUCGGCAGCGCAGACAUUGAGGCGAUGCUCAAAGUUAACCCAGCGGCUAAGCUGCUGGUGUUCUAUGAGAAGCUUGCUGAGGAAGACAAGAACCUGGAGUUUGAGACAUCGAAGACCGAGGAGGCUAGUUCGAAGAUGAGGGUUAUUGGAGAAAUACAGCCCGGAUGGAUUGAGCGCUGGGUAGGGGCAUGGUUGGCUGUUGGCAAGGAAAGGGCACCGGAAGUGCCUGAUGAAGAUUUGUGA